AUGUCGAGUUGGCCCGGGUUCAACCUCUUCACGCUUCCUCCGACGCCGAGUUUACCCGGGCAGUAUGCCUGGAGCACCGACCAGCAGACCCUGUCUAUGGUCAUUACUACCUGUGUGGAGGGCUGUACAUCGCACUCGGAUGAAGUCCACAACGCCAUCAGGACCCUUCAAGCAUAUGGGCCUGUCCAACACCACUGGACUGCCAGAAGCAACUGGACCCAGGAGCAUAGUGCCUGGACAUUGGUACCCGCCGUGUCUCCAGAACCGGGUACCAUCUCCUGGCCCGUUGGCGUUUCGGCUCAGGGGCUUGGCGGAAUGCCAGUAAUGCAGACGAUGCGGGACGAAGAGCUUCUGGCAAUAUUUGUCAACUUCGUAUCCCAGUUCACAGCAUCACUCGAUGGAAAGCCUGACACCUCGAAUCCAUACAUCAAGUACUACGUUCCAUACUGCGUCAACUCGCAGCUGUUGGUACAUGUAGCCAUCUACUCGGCGGCGUGCUUCCUCACCGACACUGGCCAUGUUGAGAGAACAGUUGCCAUGGCCCACAAGGGUCGUGUGAUCAAGCUGCUGAACGAACAUAUUCGAUCACAACUGGCCCCAAGCGAUGAGGUGAUAGCUGGCGUGCUCCAGAUCACCCUAGAUGAAUGGCUCUGGGGAAAUACUAAUGACCUACGAGCACACCUGCGCGGGCUCCGAGACAUAAUCAGAUCCCGUGGAGGGUUCCGUACACUCGGUUUGAAUGGUCUCAUAAGCAAGCUUGCAGUAUCUUUUGCCGUUCCUGCGAGUGCGCUUCACAUUCAUCCUGCCGUUGCAUCCAUUCUUGACGAUAUGCGCUUCCUUCUUGCGGCGGUCCUCGCGCUUCCCGCAAAGCCGUCCGCGAAGGAGCUCCAGAAAGUACACACUACGUCCGCUUGGAUCCACGAGCGCAUAUCAAGUCUCCCCGAAUACUCACCAGCUAGGCGACGGCCCUCGGCAGCGAGCUCAACGCCCAGCAGGGGCUCCUCGGCCAUACCAGAAACAUCCGAAGACCCGCAGCUGCCUCCAUCACACCGCGUCCAGCCCCAGGCCGAGCGUCGGCAGCAACACCAAAAGCCACGCCGGACACUCGCACAGGCACCAACGGGCCAGCCGCAACAACGCCCUAUCGAAAUGACCCCAACUCCACCCCCACCCCUCACCCCAGCCACGGACUCGGACGGCCCUGCACCAGACCACGUCUACCAAGCCGUCCGCCUCGCCGCCCUCCUCUACAGCCGCGCCAUCAUGCACCGCCGCCCCUUCAGCCUCGUCGUCACCGCGGACGAGUUCCUCCGGCUAUGGACGACGGCGUGGCGCGUUCCGCUGUCGACCUGGCGGUCCCUGCUAGGCGUGUUCAACUGGGUGCUCUUGCCUAUCGUGCCGAGCGGCAAGGCCGCUCAGCCGCACGACCGGUUCGUCAAGGGCAUGAUGAACAUCAGCCUGUUCCAGAUGGGCGUGGAUAACUGGGAGAUUGCUAGCGCGGUCAUGGAGGCGGAGUUGAGCUUGCAGCGGUGGUUAGGGGGGGAGUCGGUUGGUUCGUCGGAGACAGGGGGGGAUGGGGGGGAGGCGGCCAAGCGGGGCCAAUGGCGGGAGGAGGACGGUAGUUCUCCCGAGAGGAUGGGCGCCAACGAGGGCGAAGGAGGCGGGAGUAGGAUGAGGUUUGGAAGAGAGAAGUCGAGGUAG